AUUGAACACCUAUACAAAAAAGAUCAAUUAAUACAAGGAUAAUUUAUAAGUUUAUAUAAAAGAUGUGAGAAUCUUUUGAAGUAUUUUGAGUCAACAAUAAGUGGAAUGGAAUUGAACGCCCUAAUAACAGGGCUGUUACUGCUCCAAGUUGGAUCUUCUGAGCUGCUAAACCCCAAUCAAAGUCAGAUAUAUGGUCACAAUAACCUUAAAAGGAGCAAUGUGAAACAGGGAUAUCAGUCAAAAGCCAUUUCUUCAUACUCUCCGGCAGCUAUUGCUGGGCAUAGUGAGAUYAACAAAAGGGCAGAUACUUCAAGAAAAGUAAAGCCGGAUAAUUCCCACGACCAGUCUAACGAUGACAAUAGUCAAACUAGACAAUCAUCACAUCCAACUAACAUUACUUCAAAAGAYCCCAAAUAUUAUAAUGAGCUAGGACAAACCAGUCGAAACGCUAAAAAAACUACAGUUAAAACAGAUUCUAAUAAUCCCAAAUCUGGUUCAAAUUUGAAAGAAAAUUACGAGCUUACAAAAAGACAGCAAAUACCGUCACUGUUGUUUCCGAGAAGGACAAAGUUCCAUCGAACUGCAAGAGAUAAAAAUCUUGUACGUGCUAUACAUAAAUACAUUUCUCCAAAUGGAAUGGAACACCGUUAUGUGGGAGCACCUAUCCAUAGAUAUCUAUCCAAGCCAAUUAACAUAGAGGCGUUCACUGGAAAUGGAAUCCCCAACGAUAUCGAAGGAAAACCAUUUAUGGGAGACAUURGAGAAAAGCCAGUGGAUCCAGAGUUURCGGAUAGUCAUAAUGACUUCUCCCCGAAGAAGCUUAAAUUCAAAGACAAUGGAGUAAAUGAUGAGGAGCCACGUUUGAAUGAAAAACUGGUGCCUCCAUUGAAUGACUUUGUUGACCCCCAUGAGUCAAGUACAAAUGCACCAGAUGCACCACCUCCCAUAGAACUAAAUAAACAAUUUGAUGAAAUGGGCGGUUAUAAGGAGAAUAGGUUCGGUCUAGCCCAACCAUUUCAUGGACCACCACUCAUUCCAGGAAACAUGGUGCCGCCAAUGGUUCCUGGACUCCCCGUCCCUGGACUUCCGGUCCCUGGUCUUGCAGAUCCUGGUCUUCAAGGUCCUGGUCUUCCAGGUCCUGGUCUUCCAGGUCCUGGUCUUCCAGGUCCUGGCCUUCCAGUUCCUGGUCUUGCAGGUCCUGGUCUUGCAGGUCCUGAUCUUCCAGGUGCUGGACUUCCAGUUAUGCAUGGAAUUAGGCCUCCACACCGUCGCCCACACCGAUUGAUAGUGGUCCACCACCGUCCUGGUACAUUUCCUCCCAAGAGACUUCCAAUGCCUUUAAGGCUUCACAGUCCACCGGUUUCACCUCACCUUGUGAUUGUCGAUCACCAUCAUUUGGUCAAUGGCCCAUGUGAAGAAAACCCGUGCAGAAAUGCUGGAACGUGUUCUGCUAUUGGUUCUGAUUUCCGUUGCCUCUGUCCUUGGGGCUACAAAGGCGACCGUUGUGAAGUCCAAAGCCAGUGCAUUCCAAAUCCAUGCCAGAACUUUGGCAAAUGUACAGAGUUGGAAAAUGACUUUGAAUGUACUUGUCAYCCUGGGUUCCAUGGCAAAGAUUGUUCGAUGGAAAGUAAAUGUGAUCCCAACCCUUGCAGAAACAGUGGGUACUGUACUGAGACWAGRGAGACCUACAUCUGUUCUUGCAAACCCGGCUUCAUGGGAAAGAACUGUGAACAGGAGUCGAAGUGCCAUCCUGUUAAUCCGUGUAGAAACAAUGGAUUUUGUAAAGAGGAUUCRAUGGGAUAUCACUGCUCUUGUCCAGAUAGGUUUUCUGGAAUCAACUGUGAAGCUCCUAAUUUUGGUCCAUGCGAUAAUCACCCUUGUCUUAAUGGAGGAACAUGUAUCACCGAYGAAUUUAACCCAACAAAGUUCACUUGCUCCUGCAUUCCUCAGUUUGGUGGAAUGUUGUGUCAUGAGCCCAGAGGCUGCACAGAUUGUCCAAUCAAUCAAUGUGUUCACGGGGUCUGCAUGUCGGAUACCAGCCGACCACAUGAAGUGUUCUUUCGACAUGGACCAUGCGAUGGAAUAAACCCUUGUUUAGGUGGUGGAGUAUGCGUACCAGUAAGGUACUCCCAUCAUUGUGUAUGCCCAAUGGAUCGCACUGGAGCAUAUUGCGAAGUUCCAAUCUUUCCAUGUAAUCACUGUUCCAAACAUGCCCAUUGUAUUGGAGAAAAAUGCGUCUGCAUCACUGGAUACGUUGGCAAUGGAUUCCACUGCAGAAAAGCGCGGCCACACUGCCAUCCUAAUCCUUGUGAGAACGGAGGGACUUGUCGUGAAGACGSUUUAGUWUCRAAACGAAACUUCGAGUCUAACUGGUUCUGCGAGUGUGCGAAGGGAUACUCUGGGGAACGCUGUACAGUUUUCGACCCUUGUUCUGGAUAUAUAUGYCACAAUGGAGGAAGCUGUUUUUCUUCAAACGGACAACCACGCUGCAAAUGCAUGUCUCCAUUUGAAGGACCGACUUGUGAACUGGACAAUCUGUGCUUACCAAGUAAUGGAAAGUCCAGAAGUGUUUGUUUGAAUGGAGGCACGUGUGAAUUCGUCAACGGACAGGCACAGUGCAAGUGUCCUCCAAUGUACGAAGGCGAAAAUUGCAACAAAAACAAAUGCGAUAAAUGUGAUCCAAAUGCGAAAUGCGUUCAAGGUCGCUGCAUUUGUAAACCAAACUACGUUGGAAAUGGUUUCAAUUGCGAAUUGGACAUAGGACGCGGAAAAAAACCAGGAGGCGAAUUCUGCAGCCGCAAUCCUUGUCGCAACGGCGCAACAUGCAUUGAGGGGAAAUACACCUUUUAUUGCGUAUGUCCUGGAGAAUACUACGGGAGGAUGUGCGAAAAGCCAAGAGGAGUGAAAAUCAUUUACAAGGACAGACCAUACUAUGCUCCUCCAAAGCCGAAAAAGARUCUGUGUCAUCCAAGCCCUUGCUUAAACGGCGGGAUCUGCAAAGAAACAGGCCCCAAUGACUUUGAAUGUAUUUGUACGAAUCCUCGUUACAAAGGACGAUUUUGCGAUGUUGACAUGUGCUCUGAAUGCGAUGUACACGCUCGCUGUGUUAAUGGAAAGUGCAUUUGCAAAGAAGGCUACGAAGGUGACGGUUAUACCUGUACUAGAGUUAUUCGCGGUUGCGGAGGAUGUCCUCAUUACGCUACGUGCGAAAACAAUGUCUGCCUGUGUCGGCCUGGAUAUCCACUGCCCUUCASAGCAAAGAAGUCUUGUAUUGUCCAACCAAGUUAUACAGGGAUGAAAAAAGAGAUUAGAGAAAAACCUACUAAGAUAAAGAAACCCCCUAGCAGACCAAGGCAGUGGUCAGAGGACAUCAUAGUWACCGAAUACACAAGUCUUGGAUGUUGGGCYGAUUCACCCAARUGGAAAGACCCAUCGACYAGAGCACUCACRUCUCUUGARGGCAUAGACUCGAGGCUGUCUGAUGAUUACCACGCCCGCAAAUCACCAAUCAGCAAAUGUGCCGAAAUUGCACGUAGCCURGGCUAUAAACUGUUCGCCAUACAAAAUGGCGGCCAGUGCUUCAGUGGUCCGGAAUCCCGAAAUUAUAAGAAAUAUGGACCCUCUGAAAAGUGCAGAAAUGGAGUAGGAGGUCCGUUAGCUAAUGAUGUAUAUAAACUGUAACAUUCUGGGACAAUCACGUCCUGAGUCUCCUUUUUGCACGAGGGAAAUCAAAGCAAUGAAGUYUAUAUAUUAAGUUAACUAGACGGCUUAUUUUCUCUGGAUGGAUACCCGAUUUUACGAUUCCUGCUCACAUAAAUAUUGUUUUUGCCAAAUUAUAUAGAAUGAGACAGUGCUUUAUUGCCGAUACAAAUAAAGCAGACUUUAUCUUUAAAAAAAAAACUUUGUAAGGGUUAUAUUAUACAUCAAAUAGAGAUGCUUAWGAAGGAACAAAGUCCUUGAUUUGGACGCCUGAAGUAAAGGAUUUACCACCAACUGUUACUUAAUAAAGCGAAUAGCUAAUGAUCUCUUUUGCAMUGUGUAAUAUAUUCUUUUAUUCAGUAGCAGCCCGUGCAAAUGCAAGAAAUCUGUAAGAUAUAGAAGACAAUGAGAAUUUUUUUUAAAUUUCACAAGUCUUAUUUACAUGUCUGCACAUUAUAAAAAACAAUUGAAGCUAACGCAAUGCAAAAGAGAUCGCGAAACUCAAGYAUUUGGUCAWGACUAUGCCAAGCUCAAUGUGUAUUCUUGGAAAUCCAUCUUUCACGUAAAUGAUAAUUAACGUAGAAUCUAGCAUGAAUGAAUCAUAAUAAUAUGAGACGACAGAAGCGUAUUAUCUUUCAUAUGCUCUUAAUUGUGUAUAAAAUGGUAUAAAAAGUACAAUUUUAAUAAGAAUAAUUAAAAUAAACAAAAUUUGACAUGAUUAAA